AUGGCUUGCACAUCAUCCUCUAUGACGGUGGAAUCAUAUCCGGAGAAUUUACGAGAUGAAGCCGUCUCGUCCGCUAUCUCAACCCCCAGCGAAGGUACUGGACUCCUGCGUGACCGACACCGGAGACACUCGUAUCAUGCUCCAAGGAAACUCUCUUGUGAUUAUCAGGAUGCGGACACGGUCUUCAUUAGGGUCGAACUCUUUCUUGCAGAACUCGAACGCCGCAUGCAUUGGAUCGAACAAUACCGAAAAUCUCACAUGGAUCAGGUCGACGCCAGCCUCAAACGCGGAUAUGCGACAUUGGAAGCCGUGCGAGAUCAAUGCUCGGUUGCAUCCGGUGAAUUGAUGGGCAGUGGCAAGAGGCGGGCCAAGAUCUUGGUGGAAACAUUGGAGGAUGGAUACCAUGAGGCACUGGCGACCAAGGAAACAUUGGAACAGAAAGCACAAGCGGGUGUACGGUUGAUGGAGUCGUUCUUGUCGGAGCUGGAGGCGCGGGCUCAUGCCGUCCGUGAUCGAGGCAUCUACGGUACACUGGAUGAUGGAUGGAAAGCUGUGGAUUCUAGUUUGGUUCACGCCCGUGAAGUGGUUGACGAAGGAAUGGAGCGCGCUCGUCGCGCCCGGGAUCUCCUUCGUGAGAAUAUUGAAGCCGCCCUCUCUCUGGCGGAGCAAAAGCGCUUGAUCACUUACUCCGAUCUACCCGACCCUUGGAGGGUCAAUCCGCAUAUCCUGAAAGGGUACCGUUUCACCACCUCCAAGGUCGAAUGUGUGCAUUCGGUCUUCACAUUCUCCAACGAAUGGGUCAAUAUCUGGUCCCACGUCAUUGGUCUUGUUAUUGUUCUCGCCAUUGCUUUCUACUUCUAUCCGCUUCAUACCAAUUUCCACCUAAGCAGCAAAUCAGACGUGCUGAUUGCUGCGGCUUUCUUUGCUGCUGCAUGCAAGUGUCUGGUCUGCAGCACCAUCUGGCACACAAUGAACAGCAUUGCCUCACAAACCCUGAUGGAACGUUUUGCCUGUGUAGACUACACAGGCAUCUCCAUGCUGGUAGCGGCCUCCAUCGUGACCACCGAAUACACUGCUUUCUACUGCGAGCCAGUUUCGCGAUGGACAUACAUCCUUCUCACCUUUUCCCUGGGUAUCGGUGGUGUCAUUCUUCCUUGGCACCCGACCUUCAACCGUCAUGACAUGGCCUGGGCCCGUGUGGCCUUUUUCGUCACACUUGCCCUCACUGGAUUCGCCCCUCUGGCGCAACUAUCCUACACCCGUGGUAUUGAAUGGUGUCUCUACUUCUACGCCCCAGUCGUAAAGAGCAUAACUGUCUACUUUGUCGGUGCCUGCGUCUACGCCUCUAAGGUUCCCGAGCGCUGGAAGCCCGGUUUCUUCGACUACGUUGGCGGCAGCCACAACAUCUGGCAUUUGGCUGUACUGGGAGGAAUUUUUUUCCACUACCACGCCAUGCAAGACCUGUUUGCGAACGCCUUUCAGCGUGCCCAGGGCGAAUGUCCCAAUCUCGUCUCGUGA